GGGCAAUUACCUACGUCAUUGUUCACCGCCGGACAGCCGUUGGAAAUAAGGAAUGGAGUUAAAACGUAUUAUAACACGUUUAUUAUAAGUCACAGCAAUGAACAAUGACCAUAGUUGACAGAUCUUCAGAUAAGUCUGACCACGAGUCAGUUGGGUGCAAGCGCUCCCCCUUCGCCAGUGGAGACGUGGGGAUGGAUGGCAGCUGUUCCAACAGCUGGGGAAUGGGCCCUGCCAUGCCUGAUGACUCCCCCAGGGCGAAGGCACCAGGAGCCUGUCUCGGCCCCAUGCCUGGAGCCACAGUGUACAGCAGCACCCCCCACUCCACCGACCGGACCAAGGAGCAGGUGAUGAUGACCAGUGGCGAUGGGAUUGCCCUGCCCCAGAAGGUCCUGUUCUCCCCAGAGCGGCUCAACCUGAAGUGGACUCAGGUCCAUCGCAUUGGGGCAGGCCUGCAGAACAUGGGGAACACCUGCUUCCUCAACUCAGCCCUGCAGUGUCUGUCAUACACCCCCCCACUCACCAACUACAUGCUAACACGAGAGCAUUCCAAAACAUGUCAUGAGCCAGGCUUCUGUAUGAUGUGCACCAUGCAAAACCACAUCAUUCAGGUUUUUGCCAACUCUGGAAAUGUCAUCAAACCCAUCGGGGUCCUUAAUGAGCUUAAAAGGAUUGCAAAGCACUUCCGCUAUGGAAGCCAGGAGGACGCCCACGAGUUCCUGCGCUACACGGUGGAUGCUAUGCAAAAGUCCUGCCUUCCUGGAACCAAACUGGACAGGCAAACACAGGCAACCACAUUCGUCCAUCAAGUCUUUGGAGGGUAUUUAAGGUCCAGAGUUAAGUGUUUAAACUGCAAGGCAGUGUCCGAUACUUUUGACCCUUUUUUGGAUAUAACUUUGGAAAUUAAGACGGCUCCCAGUGUUACCAAAGCACUUGAACAGUUUGUGAAGCCUGAGCAGCUGGAAGGAGAAAAUGCAUAUAAAUGCACAAAGUGCAUAAAAAUGGUCACGGCCUCAAAGAGAUUCACCAUCCAUCGCAGCUCCAACGUCCUCACCAUCUCACUGAAACGUUUUGCAAACUUCAGCGGAGGGAAAAUCACAAAGGAUGUGAGGUAUCCAGAGUACUUGGACCUGCGUCCCUUCAUGUCACAGUCCCAGGGAGAACCUCAGCUGUACGGACUGUACGCGGUCCUGGUCCACUCUGGCUUCAGCUGUCACGCCGGACAUUACUUCUGCUACAUUAAGGCCAGUAACGGUCAAUGGUACCAAAUGAAUGACUCGUCUGUGUCCAUCAGUGACAUCAGGUCUGUCCUCAACCAGCAGGCCUAUGUCCUUUUCUACAUUAAGUCCGGCGAUAUGAAGAACGGAGGAGACUACAGCCAUGUCAGUCGUAACCCCAGCAACCCUGGUCAGUCGUCACCCCGGCCGGUGGUGCUGCCACGCAUUAACGCCUCUGCUGGCUUCAUAGGCCCCCAACUGCCCCCACACAUGACCAAGGACUCCCUGCACCUCAAUGGGAAUGGUUCUCUGCGGGACUAUCCCUCCAGUUCCAAGCCUAGCACCAGCAGCAGCAGCCUGGGAAAACCCAGCAACGGCCUUCCUUCUUCCUCCUCCAUCUCCCACUCGCUUGGCCGGCCCACCAUGAUCCCCGACUCCAACAAGCGGCAGAAACUCUCCUUCUUUAUCGGCCCGACCAAACAGACCCGGCCUUCCUCUUCCUCCUCUUCUUCCUACAGCCAGCCGUCCUCCUCACAGUCUACCUCAGACCUCCACUUCCUCCCACGCCAGCUUCAGCACAUUAGUGGCCCCUCUCUCGGCAACAGGGAUCACAACUGUGGCCACGGGAAUGAAGGCUCCUUCCUGGUGCCCUACGGUCAUGAGUCCUCAGAGGAGUCUGACCAGGAGGGUUGCGGCUCUCUGGAGAACGGCUCCCUCACCAAGUCUCACCUCAAUGGUAGGAGCGAAGGAGGCGAUGCCUAUGGACCGGCGCCACGUCCUGUCAACGGGGAUGCUGGGGCUCACCAAAACGGUAAAGGACUUAACAGACCGGCCAAUGGUUUCUCCAAACCAAGUCAAAACGGACACCACAACGGACACCACAAAGUCAAUGGACUUGGCACUUCUGAUAAGGUUUCUGCCGGUGAUCACAGCAGUUUGUCCCUCACAGCUCUCUGCACAGCCAACGGCCUGGAGGCUGACCACAGUCAGCUAAGGAGCAGAGAGACACAUGGUGCUGCUGAUGGCCAGGCCAGCUUCUCUCAGAGUAAACCUGCUGCUGCGGGCCAUGGCCAGCAUCCCUCCACCAUGCAUGACUCAAGGGCUAAAACCGCAUGUGACCCGCUGUUGCAACACACAGUGCCCUCUGCUGCUAGCUCUCCUCCCUCAGCACCUCCAGCGUCGUCCUCUGCACAUCUGGACAAACCUGCUGCCCCCUCCCUCCCUCCAGACCACUGCCUCAGCAACCUGGGAGCCCCCACAGCCCCACAUCAGGCUGAGGUGGGUGAGGACAAAGCCAGGGUACUAGACCCAGGACUGACGCCAGUGACCUGCGGACCGGCAACAGAGCUUCAGGAAGAGACAGCGGGCAGGGAGAACCAUGGCAUGAAGCCUAGCUCCAGAGGUCAUGAGAGAGAGAGGCGAUCUUCACGAGACAGGGAGAGAGAGAGACUGUUCUCCUCCGGCUAUAGCCGAGAGCGCGACAAGGAAAGACACCACCGGGACCGGAGUCGGGACCAAGACUCUGACACAGAACGCUACCGCCACAGACGUGACUACCGGGACCAUCAUGAUCAUCAUCAUCAUCAUCAUCACCAUCGCUCCUACAGGGAACGCUCGCCAGCCCGCGACCGUCACUAUCGGGACUGGGAUAUAGAGCGUCGCUGGGAGAGGUCCACACACCACCCGCGAGAGCGAGACCGUGACCGCUGCAACCACCACUAUCACCACUACCACCACCGCUCACGGGAGGGGCGGGAUCGUGAGCAGAGGGGACGUGGUUCCACCCACCGCGAGGAGCCCCACAGCCGCUGGAAAGGGCGGGACGAGGAUCGUGAGACCCGAUUAAUGAAGGACAGAAUCAGCGAACACGAGAGGGCUACUUCUCUGAACACAGAGAGCUCUGCCAAGGUCAGGGCCUCGCCCCUGCAGCCCCGCCCUUCAUUGCCACGAAUAGGAGGCGACAUCUAUGAAGACCGGGACAAAACAACACAUGCUGUAACAAAGAGGGAGGAAGAGGAAGAUGCCUCUGAGGUGCGUCAUGGCAAAAAACACAAAAAAAGCAAGAAGAAGAAAAAGUUGAGGGAUAAAGAGCGUCAACGUGACGACAGAGGCUCCGAUGUUGAUUCGUCAGAGCAGGGCAAACACAAGAAGAAGAAAAAGAAGAGGAAGAGGAGGCAUGAGAGCAACAGUGACGCGGAGCAGAGUUGUGGAGGCCGGCGUUCUGUUCAAAGCCCCCCCGUCACGGAACAUGGCUACAGGGCCUGCGGCAGCCAGGAGAGGGACAGACGCAAGCGGCGUUUCCACAACAGUGACGACAACAAGCGUGACAUUGGCUGCUCUCCCGAGAAACGGCGGCGCACAGAACACACUGAUGACGCCAGUGACCGCCAAUUUGCCUCCCGUGGUGCAUCACCCGCUUCAACAACAAACAUUCUCAAUGGACACACAGAUAAAAAUGGCAAAUCGAUGCAAGCAAGAAAAAGAAAAUCAAAGAGAACGGUAGCAGGUAACACUUACAGACGCCUCAAUGGAGACUCCCAUGGAUGCACCUCCAACAACCUGAAUGAGACGCAUUGAGACCCUCCUCUUCAUCCACUACACACCACUAUGGGAAACUGUAAAAACUCAGCAUCUUAAUUACUGAAACUCAACAGCAAAGGAAUGACAUCAACAACUUGCGUCUUGACGCGGUGCUUUAUCAUCGGACUAUACUGUAUUUUUACCACACAGUGUUUUGAAAGCUCUACAAAUUCUUUAUAUUUCCUCGUUUCUUCAGGCAUUAAUUUGCCAGAAUUCUCCCAAUUAUGUUUAAAAACUUACUCAUGGAAGAUUUCUGAUUAAAACUUAAAAAUAUUAAUAUAUACUUGUAUAAAUGCAAAUAAGAUCAUGUGGAAAAAAAGAAGAACUAGCCUGGAGCUUAAACAUCCCAACUGCUGCUCAGCGACAGACUCAGGACUUCAUGAACAUCCAGCUGGUUUUACUGAAGGACAACCGACACGGCGCAGGACGAGCGGCUGACCGAUCGGUGGACUGGCGUCCAGACGUCACCUUAUCUACAUAUCUGCAACGAAGCAACCCGCCUGUCUGCUGGCCUCUGAACCCUGACAGACCAGCUCUCAGACCAGGACAAGGCCUUUGUGACGGUUACCUCCAGCGAGCCCUGGACCGACUUGAGGACAUCUCACACUUCAAUAUUUUUGCUCUGAAGCCGAAGAUGUUCCCCUCUUCUCCUUCUUCUCCAACUUUUUCAUCAAUGUUUUUUCCGCCUCUACGGCAUCAAUUUCCCCACGUUCUUCAAGCGUUCUGAAAUACGGCGUCAAGAUCAUGGCUGUGGGUUCUGUUUUGUUUUGUUUUGUUCUGUUUUGUUUUGUUUUAUUUGGGUAAAUAAACGGUUUGGUUCUUUUAGCGUCCAUAAGAAAGAAUACUGUGAAUUUAAGUUUGAACUGUACUAUCAGUUAUUUUUUAUACAUGAAUGGUCCUGUAUCAGGAUGCUCACCUUGUGUUGUUGUUGUUGUUGUUGUUCUUAUUUGGUCUCUUUCUAGAGGAAAACCCACAUCAUUUGGACCACAUCCCAUAGCGUUAGGGAUGGAUGUGGCCUGGCUCUUUUUUCUCAGUAUGUCUAAAGACAGGUAGUUGAAAUGGCUAUGUUAUACCUUCUGUUCAACAAUAGCAUGUCAAGACUUAUACAUUGUACAAGGUAUAUUAUACAGCCUUAAAUACAUCGGUUCAUAUCAGA